CACUUAUACAGACAGCAUGCUACGGAUGAACACUGAGCCUGAGUAUGAAGAAAAAACGAGAAUUAUGUUUAUUGCCUGUUUUAGUUGUGGCCUGUCUAGUGUCCAUAAUGGGUGGUUCAUCUCUCUCUAGCCCUAUUCUGAUUGGUCCAGACAAGGCCUACCUGAACUCCAAGGUAGUGUUCCAAUGUAGGUCACCUGGGUCUCCUCCACCAAACACAUAUGAGCUCCUGAAGGACGGCAACCACCUGGUCGCCACGAGCAACGACCUCCAAGACGACCAAUCGGCUACGUUCUUCCUGAAGAUCUCUGUGACGUCAGAAGGAUCGUACCACUGCAGGGUGACGGCAGGUGGGAACAUGGGCCUCAGUGGAACAGUCCGCCUGCAAGUAGUGAUCCCUGUCUCAGGCACUAUGGUGACCUCUGACCCUGAUCCUCCCAUUCUCUACGAGGGGUUGAGGCUCACUCUCACCUGUGAUGUCACCAAGGGCUCCCACCUCUCCUACACCUGGUUCUACAACAGACAGGAAGUGACAUCAUCUCCAACCUCACCUUUGACCCCGCUUCUGCUUUGGCCGGUGGGGAACACGCUGGUGGUGGAGAGGGUCACAGCAAAGCAUGCUGGGAAUUAUUCGUGCAUUGCCGGGACCAGGAUGCAGACCAACAGCAGGUUCUCCAGCAGCAGAGAGGUCACGGUUAGGGUCAAAGCCUAUCUCUCCGUACCCCAGAUAUCCUUCACCAUCUCCAAAGAGGGUUCGAGUUUCUGCGGCAAUGUGACCUGCAUGUCAUCAAGGGGAACCCCUCCCGUGACCUUCUACCUCUUCCUUGACGACAAGGAGGUGGGUUCCGACGUGGCAACGGAGUCGCUGGUUGCCUGGUUCCCUGUUGCCAUGGUUCCCGGGCGUGACAUGGGCACGGUGCGGUGUACAGUGGAGAGUGAUGCACAGAGACUGACCAGCAGACCCUCACUCUGGUAG